GUGUAACUGACAGAAAGCCCAGCCUGGAGUUUGUCGGCGCUGAUGGUGAAUAGCCACUGCUGCGGUGACGGCCGGAGGAGAAGAAGCCGCAGAAGGAGUCAGCAGUGGCAGAGGAGUGACAGUUUGGACUUAGUCUUAUAGAUUUAGCAGUAUUACGUAUACCAUCGGAUCUUUACAAACCUAAAAGGGAAGGGAAGGGAGAAAUAAGGAAAGAUGGCGGCCGCGGCCUCGCCGGGCUCGGGCUCGUCCACCUCCUCAGACUGGAUUGUGCUGAGAGACGGUUGCCUGCGUUGCGACGAGGAGGGCCUGCUAAGCCUGUCCUACCACCCGGCCCUCAACGCUAUCUUGGCCGUCACCAGCCGCGGCAGUAUUAAAGUAAUUGACGGCACUUCGGGGGCCAUUCUUCAGGCUUCAGCAUUGCACGCUAAACCUGGUGGCCGUGUCAGGUGUCAGUACUUUCCCGCAGUGGACAAGGUGCUCUUCGUGGACGACUAUGCAGUUGGAUGCAGGAAGGACCUGAAUGGCAUCCUGCUCCUGGACACAGCCCUCCAGCCACCAGUGGCAAAACCUGAGGAUAUGGUUCAGCUAGAGCUACCGGUCACAGAGGCCCAGCAGAUACUGUCAGCCUGCCAGGAAAAGAUUGAUGUGUCAAACACUGAGGGUUACGAACUUUUUAUCACCCAGCUGAAAGAAGGCCUGAAGAAUACCUCACAUGAGACAGCAGCUAAUCACAAAGUGGCGAAGUGGGCAACAGUGACCUUCCAUCUUCCCCACCAUGUGCUGAAGCUCGUGGCUAGUGCCAUUGUCAGCGAGCUGAAGAAGAUAAACCAGAACGUAGCUGCCUUGUCUGUGGCCUCAUCCAUCAUGGACAGGCUCUCCUACCUCUUGUCAAGCGCCAGACCUGAGCUUGGGGUGGGCCCUGGGCGCUCUGUAGAUAGAUCCCUGAUGUACAGCGAGGCCAACAGGAGGGAAACAUUCACAUCGUGGCCACAUGCUGGGUACAGGUGGGCUCAGCCUGAUCCAAUGGCACAAGCAGGGUUUUACCACCAGCCUGCCUCAUCAGGGGAUGACAGAGCCAUGUGUUUCACCUGCAGCGUGUGCCUGGUCUGUUGGGAACCAACAGACGAACCUUGGUCUGAACAUGAGCGGCAUUCUCCCAAUUGUCCAUUUGUGAAGGGAGAGCACACACAGAACGUCCCACUGUCGGUGACACUGGCAACAACACCCGCACAGUUUCCAAACAGUCCUGAUCGUUCAGACAAGAUUGCUUGCUAUGGUUUUGGCAGCUGCCCACAGUUCCUGGCUGCUGCCACCAAGAGGGGCAAGAUUUGCAUCUGGGAUGUCUCCAAAAUGAUGAAGGUGCACUUGAAGUUUGACAUCAACCCAUAUGACCCAGCCAUUCUGAGACAGUUGAUCCUGUCUAGUGGUGAGCAGGGCCAGCAUGCACUAACCGAGUCUCGGAGACCAACUUUGGCAUGGUUAGAAGAGUCAUCCUCCUGCUCCGAUUUACCCAAACUCGAGGGAGACAGUGAUGACCAGUUGGAGGACUCAGACAGUGAUGAGCAUUCCCGGUCAGAGUCAGUAACAGGCCAGCCGUCCCAGUGGGAGAGCAUGGAUGUGAGCCUAGGAGUGACGGCACUGAGUGUGCUCCAACAGCCUGAGAAGCUUCAAUGGGAGGUAGUAGCCAGUGUGUUGGAGGAUACUGUUAAGGACCUCGAGGAGCUUGGUGCCAACCCCUCAUUAAACCAAACUAAGAUUCAUAACCAGGCCAAAACAAAGGACAAGGCCCCUGACCACCACAACAUUCCCUUUCCCUGCUUGUUGGCUGGAGGCUUGCUCAGCUAUCGCUCAGCAUCCAGUGUUCCCAUGGUUCGACCUACAACCACAACCACAGCUACAACACGCAGGACCGCAGAUGGUCCACUUAGGACUCAUGGGACCGAGCCCUUUCACCCUGGACCUCUACAGGAACAGGGUCCUAUGGAGAUAGAGACUUGUAAUCCUCAAACUGCAGCACAAGAGCAGGGUUUCUCUAAUUUAGCAGGUUCCCAACCUGCUAGCCCCUCUUCUCUGCCAGCUGUACGCAGGACUAUACCCGUGCUGCUGCUGUACAGUAUCAGAGAAGUAGAUGACAAGUCCUCAGGACAAGUCUUUGCUCAGAUGAAUAACCUAAUGAGCAAGGGGCUCCAUGAGGAGGGCUUCACUGUGCCACAAAUCAUUGAGAUGGAGUUUGACACCCACGAGCAGCUUCUUCUUCAGGACCCCCCCAUCACUUAUAUUCAGCAGUUUGCUGAUGCUGCCAAUCUGGCAGGGUUGGAUGGGCAUAUGGAAAAAUGGAGCACACUGGCUGCAGCAACAGCCUCCAGUCCGCCUCGACCUGGAGCACUGGUACAGUGCUUGAGGCUGCCCAAACAGCUCGAGGAGGAGAAUCUCUAUGUGGACUCGAUAACACCCUGCUGGGAUGGUGUGCACCUGCUGGUUGCCCUGCAGCCCUGUGGCUCUGAGUCUCUGAGUGCUACAAACCAAGUAGAAGCUCUUAAUAAUCUCAACCGCCUGCAUUCUGCACUCUGCAGCCAACGAAAAGCAGACACCUUACAUCCAGUUGCAAAUGGGGUGGAAGGCCACCACCCAGGGGGACCGCCACCACAGACACCGCUCAUCCUUCCCCCAGGAGACCAGCAGCAGCAAAGGUCCCCAAGUGAUGAGAGUGGAGGUGGAUAUCUUGCACUAUACAAGCUCAACUAUUCCACCCGUAUUGUCACCUUGGAUGAGGAACCUAUCAAAGUACAGCAGAUCUGGGACUCUCGGGAUGCCAUUACCUCCCUUAUUUUGCUUCCUCCUGAUGUGCUUGACAGCAGGGAAGAUGACAGCGAAGAGGCUCCUGAGGAGGCUCUCCCAACAACUCCAAAAAAUAGCUCUUCUGGGCUUGGAACAGGUCCGUCAGGCUCUGCUGAAUCUGGAACUGGGACUGUGUGUGGAGCAGCUACCAACAGCAGCAGUGCUACUGUUACCAGUCCCUCCACCUCUGCCUCCACCCACAAAGACUCCAAGCGGCUGGAGGUGACAGGCCUGGGCCACCUGGUGGUAACCACACGGGCUGGGUUUAUUAUGAUACUGGACCUGUCCACACUAGAGGUCCUAGCUAAGGUGGAGCCACCCAAAAAGGAGGGGUCAGCAGAGGAGACGGACCCAUUUGUCUCAGUUACCUAUUGCUCUGGGACAGAUCGCCUUUGUGCCUGCACCAAAGGUGGAGAACUUCAUUUCCUUCAAAUUGGAGGUGUGUGUGAAGAUGUAGAUGACGGAGACAUGUUUAUUGAUGGCCCCCUUUCUAAAGGGGCUGAACUGCUGCUUGAGGGGGCCAAGCCCUCCUCUAACCCUUCUAGCCCCGGGAUCACAGGAGUGGACCUACUGGUGGAUCAACCACUGACCACAGAGAUUCUGAUGUCCCUGGUAGAGCUGACACGCUUUGAGACUUUGACCCCACGCUUCUCAGCCACAGUUCCCCCGUGCUGGGUGGAGGUGCAGCAGGAGCAACAACAGCGACGCCACCCACAGCACCUUCAUCAGCAGCACCAUGGAGAUGCAGCCCAGCACACACGUACUUGGAAACUUCAAAGUGACAGCUCUAGCUGGGAUGAGCAUGUGUUUGAACUGGUGCUGCCCAAGGCCUGCAUGGUGGGCCAUGUGGACUUUAAGUUUGUCUUGAAUGCCAACAUCGUCAACAUUCCUCAGAUCCAGGUCACUCUGCUGAAAAACAAAGCACCUGGGCUGGGCAAAGUCAGUGAAACAGCUGUGGACAGGCAGAUCUCAUUCCCUCUUUCCAAUGUCCUUCAUGCAAAUGGGGAGAGAAAUGGCCAACCUGUAAUGCAAGACUUCACAGAGGACAUCCAGUUCAUGGACAUAGAGGAGACAUCAGGCUCCAUGUUGUGUCCAUUCCUGGAAGACCACAAGGAGGACAUCCUGUGUGGUCCAGUAUGGCUGGCCAGUGGGCUAGACCUCUCUGGCCAUGCUGGUAUGCUCAGCCUCACUAGCCCCAAGCUGGUAAAAGGCAUGGCAGGAGGGAAGUACCGCUCUUUCCUGGUUCACAUCAAAGCAGUAAGUGAUAAGGGCACGGAGGAGAACCCCCGCCCCGUGGUGAGAAUGCCUAGUUCCAAGCCUCAGGGCACCAAAGCGCACUCACUGUCAACCCUCCUUCAAAGGGCUCAGGCUUCUAAGGAGAAAGUCUCCGCAGUGAAGACGGAAACCUCAGCUCCAUCAAAGAAAGUAGAAAACCUGCGAGGAUGCGACCUGCUUCAGGAAGUUUCAGUCACAAUCAGAAGGUUCAAGAAGACGUCAAUUCCCAAAGAAAGGGUCCAACGCUGUGCAAUGCUGCAGUUCCCAGACUUCCAUGAGAAACUGCUGGAUGCACUGUGUCGGCGAACAGAGGGCGGCCCAGCCACGGAGCAUGCCCAGAGCCUCAUCCUAGAUAUCUUGUGCUGGCUGGCUGGGGUCUUCUCCAAUGGACCUUGCAGCCUAAAAGAAGGAAAGGAGAGUCUGCAGGUGAAAACCAGGACGAGGCUUACCGAUAUUGUACGGGUGUGUUUCUUUGAGGCUGGCCGGAGUAUAGCACACAAAUGUGCUCGCUUUCUUGCACUUUGCAUUAGUAAUGGGAAAGGAGAACCAAGUCAGCAGGGUUUUGGCGUGAGCCUUCUGAAGGCUCUGCUGGACAAUAUGCCUUACUUGCCUGCAGCAGCAACUGGUGGCUCAGUGUUCUGGUACUUUGUGUUGUUAAAUUACGUGAAGGAGGAGGACCUGGCAGACUGCAGCACUGCUUGUGCCUCCCUGCUCACCGCCAUCUCUCGACAGCUGCAGGACCGCCUCACACCACUGGAGGCCCUGCUGCAGACCAGGUACGGACUGUACAGCUCUCCAUUUGACCCGGUGCUCUUUGACUUGGAGGUCAGCGGUUCCUCAUGUAAGAAUGCCUUCAACAGCAGCAUCGGAGUGCAGUCUGAUGAGAUCGACCUCUCCGACAUACUCUCAGGGAACGGAAAAGUGAGCAGCUGUGCAGCAGCAGAAGGCAGCUUCACAGCAUUAACAGGACUCUUGGAGGUGGAACCUUUGCACUUUACUUGUAUCUCCACCAGUGAUGGCACACGGGUGGAGCGAGAUGACGCCAGCAUGUUCACUGUGAGUACAUUUGGUGUGACCCCAACAGUGGGCGGCCUGUCAACGGGAACGGUUGGAGAAGCUUCUACGGCUCUGAGUUCUGCAGCUCAGGUGGCUCUCCAGUCGUUGUCUCAUGCUAUGGUGUCAGCAGAGCAGCAGCUGCAGGUCCUGCAGGAGAAGCAACAGCAGCUGCUGAAGCUGCAGCAGCAGAAGGCCAAGCUGGAGGCUAAGCUGCAUCAGACCACCUCAGCAGCAGCAGCUGCUGCCUCAGGCGUGGGACCUAUACACAACUCUGUGCCUUCAAACCCUUCCUCCGCGCCAGGCUUUUUCAUUCAUCCUUCUGACGUCAUCCCCCCAACACCUAAAACCACGCCCCUCUUCAUGACCCCUCCUCUCACGCCCCCUAAUGAGGUGGUUUCUGCAGCCUUCAGUGCUGAGCUGGCUCACCUGUUCCCUGGUUCCAUGAUGGACCCCGGGCCUGUCAACCUGGCUGCACACAAGAACACACAGAAAGCCAAACCAAGCCCAAUGGGCAGUGGUCUGGCUUUGGCCAUUUCCCAGGCAUCUCACUUCCUGCAGCCUCCUCCACAUCAGUCAAUCAUCAUAGAGCGGAUGCACUCGGGAGCUCGCCGUUUUGUAACUUUGGACUUUGGCCGUCCUGUUUUGCUGACGGAUGCUCUGAUCCCCACCUGUGGCGACCUGGCCUCUCUGUCCAUAGACAUCUGGACUCUGGGUGAAGAGGUGGAUGGCCGCAGGCUGGUGGUGGCCACAGACAUCAGCACCCACUCCCUCAUUCUGCAUGACCUGCUGCCACCACCUGUUUGCAGGUUCAUGAAGAUCACUGUGAUUGGGCGCUAUGGCAGCACCAAUGCUCGUGCUAAGAUUCCACUGGGUUUCUACUAUGGCCACACUUAUAUCCUGCCUUGGGAGAGUGAACUGAAGCUGAUGCAUGAUCCUCUUCGGGGAGAGAGCGAAGCUGCCAGCCAGCCAGAUGUGGAUCAACACCUGACCAUGAUGGUGGCUUUGCAGGAGGACAUCCAGUGCAGGUAUAAUCUAGCUUGCCAUCGGCUAGAGACCCUUCUGCAGAACAUCGACCUGCCACCUCUCAACAGCGCCAACAAUGCCCAGUACUUCUUAAGAAAACCAGAUAAGGUUGUUGAGGAAGAUCAGCGUGUUUUCUCAGCCUACCAGGACUGCAUCCAGCUGCAGCUACAGCUUAACCUGGCUCACCAUGCGGUUCAGCGGUUGCGUGUAUCACUGGGUACCAGCCGCAAGUCACUCUCAGCAGCUGGGACUCCGGAAGCAAAGGAGCUAGUUCACAACUCCUCCACGGAGCAACUGAGAACCAUCAUCCGCUACUUGCUGGACACACUGCUGAGCCUGCUGCAUUCUAAUAAUGGCCAUUCUGUCCCCUCGGUGCUCCAGAGCACAUUCCAUGCCAAGGCCUGUGAGGAGCUCUUCAAACAUCUUUGCAUCAGUGGGACGCCCAAGAUCCGACUUCAUGCCGGCCUGCUGCUGGUGCAGCUCUGUGGAGGCGAGCGCUGGUGGGGCCAGUUCCUCUCUAAUGUACUGCAGGAGCUCUACAACUCUGAACAGCUGCUCAUCUUUCCCCAGGACAGGGUAUUCAUGCUCCUGUCAUGCAUUGGCCAAAGAUCCCUAAGUAACAGCGGUGUGUUGGAAGGCCUUCUGAAUCUCCUGGACAGCCUCCUGUCUCCACUGCAGCAGCCACAAGCUGCCGCUCAGCGCAGAACUGAAGGUGUUUUGGAUAUUCCCAUGAUCAGCUGGGUAGUGAUGUUGGUCUCCAGACUGUUGGACUAUGUAGCAAGUAUCGAAGAUGAGGCCUCAGGAGGGAAGAAGCACCUGGGAGGGAAAGAACGGGAAAGACCUGUAACAGGUAUUCAGUGGAGUUUCAUAAAUAACAGCCUCCAGUCUCAGAACUCCAGCAGGUCAGCCAAAGGCAGCAGCAGCCUGGAUCGCCUGUACUCACGCAAAAUCCGUAAGCAGCUUGUCCAUCACAAGCAGCAGCUAAAUCUAUUGAAAGCAAAACAGAAGGCUCUGGUUGAGCAGAUCGAGAAGGAGAAGAUCCAGAGCAACAAAGGCUCCUCCUACAAACUGUUGGUGGAACAAGCCAAGCUAAAACAAGCUACAUCCAAGCACUUUAAAGACCUGAUCCGUCUGCGGCGGACAGCUGAAUGGCCCCGUUCCACAUUGGAUACAGAGUCCACAACAGCCAAAGAAGCCCCAGAAGUAGAACCUCUGCCCUUCACUUUAUCUCAUGAACGCUGUAUCUCUGUGGUGCAGAAGCUGGCCCUCUUUCUCCUCUCCAUGGAUUUCACCUGCCAUGCUGAUCUGCUGCUCUUUGUCUGCAAAGUCCUGGCUAGGAUAGCCAACGCCACAAGGCCCACAAUCCACUUGUGCGAAGUGGUGUCUGAGCAGCAGCUAGAACGCCUGCUUCUCUUGCUUGUGGGAACGGAUUUUAACCGGGGGGACAUCUCCUGGGGAGGCGCCUGGGCACAAUAUUCCCUCACGUGUAUGCUACAGGACAUCCUGGCUGGUGAACUGCUGUCUCCAGGCUCUCUGGAUGUCAUGGAUGAGGUGGUGGUGGGUGAGGAAGCUGGGACAUCGUCCUCCUCUGCGGGAGCAGAUUCGGAGGACCCCAUCAGCAGCACGUGGUAUGACUACUGGGGUGCUGACUAUGGCACAUAUGGGUACAACCCAUACAUUGGGGGGGUUGGUAUCCCAGUGUCCAAACCUCCAGUUGUUGCUGAAAAGCCAGGGUCGCAGGGUCUGUCAGUGUCCGUGUCACAGGCACUGGAUGCCCGACUAGAAGUGGGCCUGGAGCAGCAGGCUGAGCUGAUGCUCAAAAUGAUGGCAACUCUACAAGCGGACUCCAUUCUACAAGCACUCACUUCCAGUUCAUCCACAGUGAGCCAGUCUUCCAAUGGGACUGAUGACUCCCUGCUCAGAGCUCUCCAUAGUGGAGGCUCUCCCCCAAACAGCAGCCUGAUAGUCCAGCCCUCAUCCAUCCCAAUUCUGAGUGCCUGCUUCAACAAGCUCUUCUCCAUGUUGCUGGUCCACCAUGUACAGCUGGAAUCCCUGCUGCAGCUCUGGCUAACGCUCAGUCUGAACACUUGUUCUGGGGGCAGCGAGGAGAGCGGGUCUGACAUCUUUCUGUUCAAUGCCAGCCGAGUGCCCACCAUCCCGCUCAACCAAGCAUCCGUCAGCAGUUUCCUAACCGUGCUGGCGUGGUACCCCAACACUUCCCUGAGAACAUGGUGUCUGGUUCUGCACUCUCUCACUCUGAUGACUAAUAUGCCAGCUUGCGUCUCCAACAACGGGAUGAGCUCUCAGGAAAGCACAGCUCAGCAGAUGGUGUCUGAUCCCAACUUGAUCCAUGUCUUGGUGCGCUUCCUGUCUGGCAGCAGCACCAAUGGGACAAGCCAACACAGCUCUCAGGUGGGACCAACUGCCACACAGGCCAUGCACGAGUUCCUGAGCCGCCUGCAGGUUCACCUGUCCUCCACAUGUCCACAGAUGUUCAGCGAGUUCCUGCUCAAACUCAUGCACAUCCUGUCUACUGAGAGGGGUCCAUUCCAGUCAGGCCAGGGUCCAUUGGACGCCCAGGUGAAGCUGCUUGAGUUUACUCUAGAGCAAAAUUUUGAGGUGGUGUCAGUGGCCACUAUCACCUCAGUUAUUGAGUCCAUCACGUUCUUGGUUCACCACUACAUUACCUGCUCGGAUAAAGUGGUUUCUCGCAGUGGCUCAGACAGCUCAGUGGGAGCCAGAGCUUGUUUUGGGGGUCUGUUUGCCAACAUAAUCCGGCCAGGAGACGCGAAGGCAGUCUGUGGAGAAACCACACGUGACCAGCUAAUGUUUGAUCUUCUCAAGCUGGUGAAUGUGCUGGUGCAACUACCUUUGUCUGGAGACAGAGAGUUCAGCGGGCGGCUGCCACCAUCAGGCAGUGGAGCAGCUGAUAGCAGUGUGUCUGAUGAAGAGAAGGUCUGUGGCAGCAAAGAAAGUGUAGCUGGUGGAUCAGCAUCCAAUCAGGGCCCUCCUGCAGGUGUGGCUGAUCUGGUGCUUGCCAAUCAGCAGAUAAUGAGCCAGAUCUUGUCUGCGCUGGGCCAGUGCAACAGCAGCGCCAUGGCCAUGAUCAUAGGAGCCAGCGGUCUCCACCUGACUAAACAUGAGAAUUUCCACGGUGGUCUAGAUGCCAUCUCAGUGGGUGACGGCCUCUUCACCAUCCUUACCACUCUGAGCAAGAGAGCCACCUCAGUCCAGGUCAUGCUACAGCCCAUCCUCACUUACAUGGCUUGUGGUUAUAUGGGCAGACAGGGAUCGCUCUCCACCUGUCAACUGUCAGAGCCUCUUCUGUGGUUCAUACUUCGAGUGUUGGACACCAGUGAGGCUCUUAAGGCCUUCCAUGACAUGGGAGGUGUCCAGUUGAUCUGUAACAACAUGGUGACCAGCACUAGAGCCAUUGUGAACACGGCACGCAGCAUGGUGUCCACUAUCAUGAAAUUCUUAGAUACAGGUCCAGGAAAGACGGCAGAUGGAAACCUCAAAGCCAGAGUGAUGACAUCGGAGCCGGACAAUGCUGAGGGACUCCACAAUUUUGCUCCUUUAGGCACUAUCACAUCCAGCAGCCCAACAGCACAGCCUGCAGAGGUCCUCCUCCAGGCCACCCCUCCACACCGACGGGCCCGCUCCGCAGCCUGGUCUUACAUCUUCUUGCCAGAGGAGGCCUGGUGUGAUCUCACCAUCCAUCUUCCAGCUGCUGUGUUGCUGAAGGAGCUUCAUAUCCAGCCGCACCUAGCUUCUCUAGCCACCUGUCCCUCCUCGGUCUCAGUGGAGAUCAGUGCUGAUGGGGUCAACAUGUUGCCGCUGUCCACGCCAGUCAUCACAAGUGGCUUGACGUACAUUAAGAUCCAGCUGGUGAAAGCAGAGGUGGCUUCGGCUGUUUGUCUGAGGCUACAUCGGCCUCGUGAUGCCAGCAACCUGGGUCUCUCUCAGAUCAAACUCUUGGGUCUGACAGCAUUUGGUAACACCUCCUCUGCAACAGUCAAUAACCCCUUUCUGCCUUCUGAGGACCAGGUCUCCAAAACCAGCAUUGGUUGGCUGCGUCUUCUCCACCACUGCCUGACCCACGUCAGCGACUUAGAAGCCAUGAUGGCCAGUGCUGCAGCACCCACUGCCAACCUGCUGCAGACCUGCGCCGCACUGCUCAUGUCACCUUACUGUGGCAUGCACUCACCCAACAUUGAGGCUGUGCUGGUCAAGAUCGGCUUGCAGUCCACGCGCAUUGGACUCAAACUCAUCGACAUUCUGCUGAGAAACUGUGCUGCGUCUGGCACCGACCCUGCCAAUUUGAACAGUCCUCUGCUGUUUGGACGACUAAACGGCCUUUCCUCAGAUUCCACCAUAGACAUUCUAUACCAGCUGGGCACCACACAGGACGCAGGGACCAAAGACAGGAUCCAGGCUCUUCUGCAGUGGGUCCAUGACUCUUCCCAUGUGGCAGCCCAUAAGAUGAGUGGUCCAAUGGGAUACAUUGGGCAUGCUGCUGGCUCUUCCUCUGCUUCAUCAAGGGAGUAUGGUCUCCUUAUGCCAUCGCCCUCCCACCUCCACUGUGUGGCAGCCAUCCUCUGGCACAGCUAUGAGUUGCCUGUCGACUAUGACCUGCCUACCCUGCUCAACAGAGAGCUCUUUGAGUUGCUGUAUAACUGGUCCAUGUCGCUGCCAUGCAACAUUGUGCUGAAGAAGGCCGUGGACAGCUUGUUGUGUUCCAUGUGUCACAUCCAUCCCAGCUACUUCUCCUUGCUAAUGUCCUGGAUGGGGAUUGUCUCGCCACCCAUCGCCACUCACUCUCAGGCUCAGCAACGACGUCUUGCCAUGACUGAUGAUGGCAAAAAGCAGCAUGAUGCUAACACCACUGCGGCGGGACUUACCGACGACUCCAAGCAUGCCAGGCCACACAUUAAUCUGUCAGAAUCCCAGCUAACCACACUAGCGGCUGCCUCCCAGUCACCAGGAGCAAUAGAGCAGCUGCUGGAUUCAGGCUUGCCCUCGCUGUUGGUUCGCAGCUUGGCUCAGUUCUGUUUCAGCCUCCUGGCCAGUGCAGACCUGCCUUUGCCCGCUGGUCAGGCCGAGAGACGACACCAUCAUCACCACUUUCACUCGUCCUCACACAAUCGCCCGCCUCUCUCGGCAGAGCUGGCUGCUCCAGUGCUCCGGUUUCUCACAGAAGUAGGCAACAGUCACACCAUGAAGGACUGGCUGGGAGGGCCAGAGGUCAACCCACUGUGGACAGCACUGCUGUUCCUACUGUGCCACUCCAGUGCCAGUGCUGGGGCCAAUGCUGGCUGUCAGCCUGGAUUUGCUGCAGGUUCUCCUCCAUCCCAACCUCAGCCUUUAGGCUCACGCUUCUCCUUGGCCUCCUCAGGGCAGACAGGAGGGCUCACCACCCAGCAGAGGACAGCACUGGAGAAUGCCACUGUGGCCUUCUUUCUCCAGUGUAUCUCCUGCCACCCUAACAACCAGCGCCUUAUGGCACAGGUUCUCUGUGAACUCUUCCAAUCAGCACCUCAGCGAGGCAACGUACCCGUCUCUGGAAACAUCUCAGGCUUCAUUCGAAGACUGUUUCUGCAGCUCAUGCUGGAGGAUGAGAAGGUCACAGUCUUCCUACAGUCUCCCUGUCCGUUAUACAAAGGACGGAUCAAUGCAACCAGCCACAUGAUCCAGCAUCCCAUGUAUGGAGCAGGCCACAAGUACCGCACCCUUCAUCUACCAAUUUCCACCACAUUGGCUGAAGUCUUGGACCGUGUUUCUGAUACACCCAGCAUUACUGCCAAACUGAUCAACGAGCAGAAAGAGGAUAAAGAGAAGAAGAAUCAUGAAGAGAAAGAGAAGAUGAAGGCAGACAACGGCUUCCAGGACAACUACAGUGUUGUAGUAGCCUCAGGCUUAAAGUCCCAAUCAAAGCGAGCUCUUUCCACCCCUCCCCGGCCUCCAUCAAGGAGAGGCCGUGUCAUGAGUGACAAGUUAACUGCUUCAUCCAGUGUGGAUCCUUCAGCUAAAACCAUCAGUGUCCCUGUCUUCCACCUCUACCACAAGCUGCUUCCAGGUCAGCCACUCCCACCUGAGAUGACCCUGGCCCAGCUACUCACACUUCUGUAUGACCGCAAGCUACCGCAGGGCUACCAGUCCAUCAGCCUGACAGUGAAACUGGGCUCCAAGGUCAUCUCUGACCCCGGCCUUUCAAAGACUGACUCGUUCAAGAGACUCCGCACUGAGAAAGUGGAUCACUGUGACAUCCUGAAUAGCUGCCCUGAGGAUGAACCAAUGAUGCCUAAUGAAGAAUGUCUGGAUGCCGCAGCUGAUGAGUCCCUGCUGGAGACGAGUCCCAUUCAGUCACCUCUGCAAGUCUUUGCUGGCAUGGGGGGCCUGGCCCUGAUAGCGGAGAGGCUACCCAUGCUAUACCCCGAUGUCAUUCAGCAGGUCAGCGCUCCGGUGGUUCCCUCCAGCACACAGGAGAAGCCCAAGGACAGCGACCAGUUUGAGUGGGUGACCAUAGAGCAGUCGGGUGAGCUGGUGUACGAGGCACCAGAGUCCAUUGCAGCUGAGCCACCGCCCAUCAACAAACAACAGUCCCAGACAUCCUCAUCGUCAUCAUCCUCAGUGCAGACCAUGUCGCCCAUCCCUGCCCACUCACUGGCAGCUUUUGGCCUCUUCCUGCGCCUGCCAGGUUACGCAGAGGUGUUGCUAAAGGAGAGGAAACAUGCCCAGUGUCUGCUGCGGCUGGUGCUGGGUGUCACAGACGAUGGAGAAGGCAGUCACAUCCUGCAAUCUCCAUCAGCCAACGUGCUCCCCACACUACCAUUCCAUGUCCUGCGAGCACUGUUCAGCAGCACUCCUCUGACCACAGACGACGGCGUGCUUCUGCGUCGCAUGGCUCUGGAAAUCGGUGCCAUCCACCUCAUUCUAGCCUGUCUGUCAGCUCUGAGCCACCACGCCCCUCGCAACCCCAAUGCCAAUACCAGCGUCUCUGAGCCACAGAUAUCCAGCUGUCAUGGUGGGGGGACCAGUGAGGAGCAACAGCUGUACUGGGCUAAAGGAACGGGUUUUGGUACUGGAUCUACAGCGUCAGGCUGGGACGUAGAGCAGGCCCUCACCAAGCAACGGCUAGAGGAAGAGCAUGUCACUUGUCUACUCCAGGUCUUGGCAAGCUAUAUCAACCCAGCAGGCUCAAGUGGCUGCCACAUUGCUGAUGCCUCUUCAACAGCCAGCAGAGCUCACAACAGCUCAGCACUGCCAGCAGUGCUGCUGGAGCUGCUGAGCCAGUCCUGCCUCAUUCCCGCUAUGUCCUCCUACCUACGCAACGACUCAGUUCUAGAUAUGGCACGCCACGUCCCCCUCUAUCGAGCACUACUGGAGCUGCUGAGGGCCAUUUCUACCUGCACGGCACUGGUUCCUCUGCUGCUGCCUCUGACUGGAGACCCAGGCCAGGAUGAGGAAGAAGAGGACGAAGAGCAUGCUGAGGGCCAAACCUCUGUUGGGAUGCUGCUGGCAAAGAUGAAAACAUGCGUGGACACAUACACCAAUCGCCUCAGGUCAAAGAAAGAUAAAAGUAAAGGUGUGGCAAAAUCAGAGAGCUCAGACCCAGAGCCCGAGGGUUUGACUCUGCUGGUGCCUGACAUCCAGAGGACAGCUGAGAUAGUCUACGCUGCUACUACAAACCUACGGCAGGCCAACCAGGAGAAGAAACUAGUGGAGUCUUCAAGGAAGGUGUCAAGCCGGCCGAAGCCCCUGUCCGUACUCCGCUCUCUGGAGGAAAAAUAUGUAGCUGCCAUGAAAAAACUACAGUUUGACACCUUUGAAAUGGUAUCAGAAGAUGAGGAUGGAAAGCUGAUGUUCAAGGUGAACUACCACUACAUGUCUCAGGUGAAGAACGCCAGUGAUACAAACAGCGCAGCCAGAUCUCGCCGCCUUGCCCAAGAGGCUGUCACUCUGUCCACCUCUCUGCCUCUGUCUGCUUCUUCGAGUGUCUUUGUCCGCUGCGAUGAGGAGAGGCUGGAUAUCAUGAAGGUUCUCAUCACUGGUCCAGCUGACACACCAUAUGCCAAUGGCUGUUUCGAAUUUGAUGUUUAUUUUCCCCAAGACUAUCCCAACUCACCACCUCUGGUCAACCUGGAGACCACUGGCGGCCACAGUGUGCGCUUUAACCCAAACCUCUACAAUGAUGGCAAAGUUUGUUUAAGUAUCCUCAACACAUGGCACGGGAGACCAGAAGAGAAAUGGAACCCACAGACCUCAAGCUUUUUACAGGUGCUAGUGUCAGUGCAGUCCCUUAUCCUGGUGGCUGAGCCUUACUUCAAUGAGCCAGGGUAUGAACGAUCUAGAGGAACUCCCAGUGGCACCCAGAGCUCUCGGGAAUACGAUGGCAACAUCCGACAGGCCACUGUCAAGUGGGCCAUGCUGGAGCAAAUGCGCAACCCCUCUCCAUGCUUUAAAGAGGUGAUCCAUAAACACUUCUACCUGAAGAGAACAGAGAUCAUGUCUCAGUGUGAGGAGUGGAUCGCUGACAUCCAGCAGUACAGCAGCGACAAGAGGGUCGGCCGCACCAUGUCCCAUCAUGCUGCUGCUUUAAAGAGACACACAGCUCAGCUCAGAGAGGAGCUCCUGAAGCUGCCCUGCCCUGACGGACUGGAGCCCGACGGUGAUGAGUUUACAGAGAAGAGCAGCGCCCUCAUCCUCAAAGAGCUACCCAGUCAGGACACAGAAACGCCCGGUGGCAGUCAGGACAGCCACUGCAGUGAGGGCCAGCUAUGAGCCCUUCCCACCUGCCCCCUUCCUUACCCUUCCAGCAUCUCCAGCCCUUACCCUCCUCUUCCUUAUCAUCUUCCUCCUCUUUCAUAGACUUGAUGGCUUCAGAGCACGAGCCAUCACUUUGUCCAUAUUUGUAUGUAAAGGUCUAAAUAGAAUAGCAGAGAACGAGGGGACGCGAAGGCGACAAGAGGAACUCUGAUCUAUGCUACGCCUUUAUUAAAGAGUUGACAGAAACUUUUAUUUACCUGUAAAGGAGUGUAAACAUUUUGUGCUUUUUCCAAUUGUGAAAUAACCACUGAUUGGUAUGUUAUUAAACUUGUUUAUGUAUACACGGCAGAGGAAGAUUACAGAUUAUAUAAGGGAACUACCUUAAGAGAAGAAUGUUUACUGAAUGUUCGUUUCUUUUUCUUUUGGACUGUUAGAGCAAGAACAGUUGUAACCAAGGAUAUACUGGUCUUUAAGGAUCCUUAAAAAAAACACAAAAAAACGCACACACAGGUAACACAAUCCGAGAUUUUUAAAAAAGCCCCUCUGCUCAUGCUCGUCUGCGUUCUCUAGGAUCAUAUCCACUUGAAUAAGGUUCAGAUGGACAUUCUUAAAUGCUAUGUUAUCCCUUUUACAGGCUCCAAAUUAAAAGCACCAUGCUCUGGAUAAACAUUUGUUGCCUCUCAGAACUCCUCCAUGACCGCUUUCCAUCGACAUGACUGUAGAUCACAGCAAGACUGCGUCAGAGCCACAGGGGCAAUGUACUUUGAAGGCUUUUGCAUGUGUAUGUGUGUUUUCUGUGCGUGUGCAACAAUCCCCAGUGAGAUACAAAGCUGUGAUGUGCCUUUGAUCUACACCAUACCACCAAAUGCUCCCAACUGAUUUUACUGAUUUCUUUUGCUAUUUCUACAAAAUUAAGAAUAUUCUGCUCCAUUGACAUAAAAGAAACUGCUUUGAUCUUUUUUAUGUUGAACUCCAGUGAACAAAAAAAUGCACUUUCUAUUUUACUCACUCUUUAGGGCAGUCACAUUCUCCUUUUGCUAGGACAUUAAAUGGAGCUUGAAAGUA